ACCGCCUUAAUAUGUUUAUUUAUUACAGUAUUUAUUCAUUCAUCACAUUCUAGAUAUCAUGGGACACGGCAUAAAAGACAACAUGGAGCUAAUUUAUAUUUAUCACAAAGCUAUGUAAUACCAGAUGGUGAAGGUGAUCCCAGCGAAUGGACAGAUUGGAGCUCACCAUCAGAAUGUUCAAGAUCAUGUGGUGGAGGUGUUUCAUAUCAAACUAGAGAAUGCUUGCAAGUUGGGUAUAGUGGUGAACCGGAAUGUAAGGGCGGUGAUAAAAAGUUCUUUUCAUGUAAUACCCAAGAUUGUCCAGAAGAUGAGCCCGAUUUUCGAUCACAACAAUGUUCGAGGUUUGAUUCAGUGCCAUUUGAGGGAUCGCGAUAUGAAUGGAUACCAUAUACAAAAGCUCCAAACCCAUGUGAAUUAAAUUGCAUGCCUCGUGGAGAACGUUUCUAUUACAGACACAAGGCGAAAGUUAUAGAUGGAACACGUUGCAAUGAUGAAUCCUUAGACGUUUGCGUUGACGGCAAAUGUCAACCAGUAGGUUGCGAUAUGAUGUUAGGAUCUGAAGCUCGUGAAGAUAAAUGCCGUAAAUGCGCGGGUGACGGAACAUCAUGUCAAACUAUAAAUGGAACUGUUGACACAAAUAACUUACAAGUUGGCUAUAAUGAUAUUUUUGUGAUACCUGCUGGAGCUACAAAUAUUGAUGUUAGAGAAAUCGAGCCGUCAAAUAAUUACUUAGCAUGUAGAAAUAAAUCUGGUCAUUAUUACUUAAAUGGAAAUUGGCGUAUAGAUUUCCCAAGACCUAUGCUAUUUGCUGGUUCAUGGUGGCAUUAUGAUAGAAAGCCACAAGGAUUUGCCGCACCAGAUCAUUUGACGUCAAUGGGUCCAACUACAGAAGCAAUCGUAGUUGUUCUAUUGUAUCAAGAUCGUAAUGUCGGUAUCAAAUAUGAAUACAGUGUUCCCGAAAACUCUGUAAAAACUAAUCUAGAUACAUAUCAAUGGACACAUACUGGUUUUGGGCCAUGUUCUGCUUCGUGUGGCGGUGGUUAUCAAAGCCGCGAAAUUUAUUGCAACAGUCGUACAACAUUAGAUAGAGUUGACGAUAGUUUGUGCGACCAGUCAGCGCGCCCUGCUGAUACACAGCAGUGUGGUACAGAUGCUUGUCUUCCAAGAUGGGUAGAAAGUGAAUGGGGAAAAUGCUCUAAACCAUGUGGUCAAGAUGGUAUGCAAAAUAGAAGUGUUCAUUGUGAGAGAAUUUCAGCAGACGGAGUCGCUGAAAAAGUUGAAGAUUCUAUUUGUUUGGAAACAUCUGGAAAUAAGCCCGCUGAUAAACAAGAGUGCAAUCGAGAUACGAAAAAUUGCCCUAAGUUCCAUCUUGGACCUUGGAAACCCUGCGAUAAACUGUGUGGUGAAGGAAAGCAAACCAGAAAAGUCACUUGUUACAAAGAAGAAAAUGGAAAGAAAAAAGUAUUACCAGAAUCAGAAUGUAACGAAGAAAAACCGGAAGAAGAGCAAAUUUGUAUUAUACAACCAUGUGAAGGCGUUGAUUGGAUAACCUCCCCAUGGAGCGGAUGCACCGAAUGUGGGCAAACUGAGGAAACUAGAACUAUAAAAUGUACCAAUAAAAAAGGAAAGGAAUAUGAUGAAAAAUUUUGCCCAUCGGAAAAACCUGAAACGCAACGAGAAUGUGAAAAAGUUAAGAAAUGUGCUUAUCAAUGGUAUACGUCCGAAUGGAGUAAAUGCUCUACCUUAUGCGGAAAUGGAACUCAGUCAAGAGUUGUUAUAUGUGGCGAAUUCGACGGAAAAAGCGUUACACCUGCUCCAGAUGAUUCGAAAUGCAGUGAAGAUUUGAAACCAGAAAACAAACAGGAUUGCGAGAUUCCAGAAGAAAAAUGUGCUGCUCAAUGGUUCACUGGUCCAUGGCAAAGUUGUACAAAGCCUUGCGGUGGUGGCCGAAGGGAACGAGAAGUAAUAUGCUUGGAAAAUGGUGAAAUUUCUUUAAAUUGCGCUGAAGAGUUAAUAGAAUUCUCAGAAGAAGAUUGCAAUACUCAAGCUUGUGAAGAGGAUGAAGUUAUACCGGUUGACUCUACAUCAACUACGAUUAGUGAUGAAGAGGAAGAGGAGUGCGACUACGAUGAAUACACUGACGAACUUGAUCUAGACGCAGAAUUAGAUAAAAAACCUGAACUUAAGGUUUCUGAAGGAAUUGAUCUGGAUAAAGACACCACAACAGAAACUUCUUUAAUGACUGAUGACUUGAUGAUGAGUGAUGCUACUGGUUUUGAAACAGAGUCAACAGGUGAAUCAGAAGAAACCGAGUCUACGGAACAACCUGAAACAACAGAGGAUCUAAGUACUAUAGAAGGAUCAGGCGAAACAACAGUAGACAUAAGCACCACUGAAGGUAGCGGUGACGAGGAUCAAACAACUGAAGAAACAUCUGAUUUGACUGCACAAACAACCGAGGUUUCUGGCUCUACUGACAUACCUGCUUCAACUGACGCGACAUCUAUUUCAGAAUCAGAUGCAACUGAGAGUUCGGAUUCAACUGAUAGUUCGGAUUCGACAGAUAGCUCAGCUCAAACUGACACCCCUGCUUCAACUGAUGCUUCAGGUUCAACUGACAGUCCGGCUUCAACUGACAGUUCAGCUGCAACUGAUGCUUCUUCCGAAACAGAUGUUUCAUCAGAAGUUUCUCCAUCAGAAGUGACCGAAGUUUCCGGUGUAUCAACAGAAUCUGGUGCUACAGAUAUAUCCGAUACUACAGGAUCAUCGGGACCAACUGAUUCAGCUACAACAGAAACAGGAUCGUCUGAUUCAACUGAAUCGUCAGCUUCAACUGAACUUUUGGGAACAACGGAAGAUGACGGUCCUCUUCCAGAUGAUGACUUCACGAUUGAUCCAAAAGAAAGUCAUACUACAGCUUCCGCAAGUGAUUCCACAGUUAGCGAAAUCGAUGUUACCACCUCAAGUGACUUGAGUUCUUCCGAAACAACCAGUGAAUUAACCACAGAAAUAACAACUGAUAGUAGCGCUUCAACUGUGUCACCACUUUCCAGUGAUACAACCUCGAGCGACGUAACAACUUCGUCUGAUAUAAGCGUUGGUACAACUCCGGAGGAAGAAUGUGAAGAUGACGUCCCAUGCAGUACUACACAAUCAAGCGUGUCUGUUACCAGUGAAACCACAGAACAAUCGAGUUCCACAUCAGACACCAAAGAAACCGGAAGUACGGAGGAGCCAGGAAGUCCGGUAUCAACUGAGAGCACUAUUGCAGGAUCAACUACGGAGCCUGGAUCUACUGUGGAACCAGGCAGUACUGAAGAAUCCGGAAGCACAACUGGAAGUUCCAAAGACACAGACGGAACUACAGCCUCUGGAGAGACAGAUGAAACUGAUACAACAGAUCAAACAACUGGCGAACCCCAAAGUACAAUAUCUCCUGAAAGCACAUCAUCUCCAGAAAGUACAGAGACGCCAGAAAGUACAGAGACGCCAGAAAGCACAAUUUCCCCUGAAAGUACGUCGUCGCCAGAAAGCACCUUUUCGCCUGAAUCUACCGAAGAACCUAAAUCUACUGAAAGUACAUCGUCUCCAGAAAGCACGCUAUCGCCAGGAAGUACCGAUAUGCCAGAAAGUACAGUUUCCGGUAGUUCAGAACUUCCAGAAAGCACUGCGUCUUCUAUUGAUGAAAGCACUAUUAGUGGCGAUACAACUGAAGAGCCUGGGUCAACUCAGUCAACAGUGGAGUCUUCAACAUCAACAGGUGAAACAGAUGAAACUACAGUUGAUAUAUGGUCAUCCACGAUGUCAGAAGUUACUGAUGAAGAUGAGGAAAGAACAACACCUAAUACUUUCGAAAUGGCCAUUACGAGAGAACAUAAACCCAGGAAAUGUAAGCCGAGGAAAAAGAAAGACUGCAAAACAUCUGAAUUUGGAUGCUGUCCGGAUAAUACGACGAUCGCAAAAGGUCCGUUUGAUGAAGGGUGUCCUAUCGCAGAAACUUGCGCUGAAACAAAAUUCGGAUGUUGCCCGGAUGGAGUUUCUUCCGCCAAGGGAACGAACAAUAAAGGAUGUCCCAAAUCGCAGUGCGCUGAGACACUGUUUGGUUGUUGUCCAGAUAAGUACACACCCGCUGAAGGAGAAGAUAAUGAAGGUUGCCCUGAACCAACAACUACAAUGGCACCUACAACCUUACCACCAGAGGAAACAACAAUUAAAAGUGAAGAAGAGCAACCGACAUCUUGCUCAUCCACGAAAUAUGGUUGCUGUCCUGACGGGCAAACAGAAGCUCAAGGCGAAAAUUUCAAAGGAUGUGAAGCAGAAGAGCCAGGACGAGAAGACGAUUGCAGCAAAUCCGAACAUGGUUGCUGUCCCGAUCGUAGAACACCAGCUAGUGGUCCAAGUGGACAAGGGUGUAGCCCUUGUGCCAGCGAACCUUUUGGUUGCUGUCCUGAUGGAAAUACUCCAGCUCAUGGUCCAUAUGGUGAAGGUUGCAAUUGUUUGGAUUCACUGCAUGGUUGUUGCCCAGACAAUAUUAAUCCUGCACGAGGACCAGAUAAUGAAGGCUGUGAUUGUGAAUACUCUCCAUUUGGAUGCUGUCCAGAUAAGACAACUCCCGCUCGAGGUUAUGAUAAUGAAGGAUGUGGAUGUCAAUUUACUGAAUUUGGUUGCUGUCCAGAUAAAUUAACUGCAGCCACUGGGCCUAAAUUGGAAGGCUGUCCAUGUCAUACAAUGCAAUUUGGAUGUUGCCCAGAUGGAAUUACAAUUCCACAAGGACCUCACCAUUAUGGCUGUCAUUGUUCACAGACUGAAUUCCAAUGCUGUCCCGAUGAAAAAACUCCAGCUAAAGGAUUGAAUCAAGAAGGAUGUACUUGUGCCGAAAGUAAAUUUGGAUGCUGUCCCGACGGAGUUACUGCUGCUGAAGGAUCUAAAUUUGAAGGUUGUGAAAGCAUACCAGAAGCUCCUCAAAAAGCAUGUGCUUUACCAAAAGAAACUGGUCCUUGCAAUAAUUUCACAAUACGGCACUUCUUUGACAAUGCAUAUGGAGCAUGUGCGCGAUUUUGGUAUGGUGGUUGCGAGGGUAACGGUAACAACUUUGAAAGUGCAGAGCAAUGUAAAGCGACUUGUGAGGAAUAUAAAGGUAAGGAAUCAUGUCUCCUACCGAGAAGUCCCGGUCCAUGUCCUGGAUACCAAAAAAUGUGGUACUAUGAUGCGGACAGAUCACAAUGCCAAGAAUUUACAUAUGGUGGCUGCUUUGGUAAUACAAACCGUUUUGAAACAUUGGAAGAAUGCCAAAGCACUUGCGCCGUCGAUGAUACUAUACCUCCUUGCGAACAGCCAGUGGAUAAAGGGCCUUGUGAUGGUAACUUUGAAAGGUGGUAUUACGAUAAUGAAACUGAUGUUUGUAGACCAUUCCAAUAUGGUGGAUGUCAAGGAAAUAAGAACAAUUAUGCUACGGAGCACGCUUGCGUUUAUCAUUGUAGGCAACCAGGAGUUCAUAAAGAACUUUGUAAACUUCCAAAAGAAGAAGGUGAAUGUGGCGAGCGCCAUGCACGUUGGCAUUAUUCUGAAUCUGAUAAUAAAUGCAUGCCUUUCUAUUAUACUGGUUGUGGUGGUAAUAAGAAUAACUUCCGAACAUUACAAGAAUGCGAAGAAAGAUGUCCUAAACCCGUGGCGAAAGACGUAUGCGAAAUACCAGCAGAAGUUGGUGAAUGUCAAAAUUAUGUCGCACGUUGGUAUUACGAUAUUAAAGAUCAACGUUGUCGUCAAUUUUAUUGGGGAGGUUGUGGUGGUAAUGGAAAUAAUUUUGCUGAGGAAAUAGACUGUACCAGCCGUUGUAUCACCCCUGAACCUGAACGACAACCAGAAGAUCGUAUUCCACAAGCUGCACCAGAUUCCAGAAGAGUAGAGGAACCUGAACCUGAACGUCGAGAUACACAUGCUUGUUUCCUGGAGCCUGAUUCCGGACCAUGUCAAAAUUAUACAACUAAGUUCUACUAUAACAGUCAUGAGGGUCUCUGUGAUGUUUUUGCAUAUGGUGGUUGUGAUGGAAAUAGUAACAACUUUGAAAAUGAAAGAGAUUGUGAAGAGUUAUGCGGAAACAUACAAAACUUAUGCUCCUUGCCACCUGUUUAUGGACGUUGCGCGGAAAAUAUAACGCGUUGGUAUUAUGAUGAAAGAGCUAGAAAAUGUCAUGAGUUUGAAUAUAGUGGAUGUGUAGGAAAUAGAAAUAAUUUCGAGAGUGAACAGCAGUGUAUAGAUUAUUGUGACAGACAAGUGGAACAACCCGAACGCCAGCCUGAGUCUCCAGAGGAACAGCCUGAACGAACGGAUUAUUGUAAUGAGCCAGUGGAUGCUGGAAAUUGUCAAGAUCAAAUUUUAUCAUAUUACUAUAAUUCUCAAGCACAAAGAUGUGAAGCUUUCUAUUUCACCGGGUGUGAUGGAAAUAGAAACCGAUUUGAGACACAUGAGCAAUGUGAGCGACAAUGUGGACCAUAUAGAGGAAUAGAUGUUUGUAAAGAACAUCCAGACCCAGGUCCUUGCGACCAAUAUCAAACUAGGUAUUACUAUAACUUUGUCCAACGUAGAUGUGAGCCAUUUUCAUAUGGUGGAUGUGAAGGAUCUGGAAAUAGGUUUAUGAAUAUAGAAGAAUGUGAAUCUGUUUGCAUUGAACGGCUAGAGCCAACAAAACAGAAUGAUAGAGCUGUAUGUUUCUUACCUGCAAAUGUUGGGAAUUGUACUGGUAGUGGUCAAGAAACUCGUCGUUGGUUCUAUGAUGACUCACGUGGAUCAUGUGUAAUGUUUAUUUAUUCCGGAUGUGCUGGAAAUCAAAAUAAUUUUGUUUCUUAUGAAUCUUGUGUAGAAACUUGCAUUAUACCAGAGGAAGCGCCGGCACCAGAAGAAGAUAAUGCAGUUGACACACGUUGUGACCAAGAUAUAGAACAUUGCCGAACACUGCGAUGCCCCUAUGGGGUCAGAAGAUUUUAUGACCAAUCCUCGCUUUGUGAACGUUGCGAUUGUGAAAACCCUUGCGAUAAUUAUGAAUGUGAAGAAGGCUCAAGAUGUGCAAUUGAUGUCGCAGGACAAGACUUUGUCCCAGUUUGUAGACAAGAAAAUAAACCAGGUGAAUGUCCGGCUCUUUCAGGAGACAAUACAAGAUGUGACCGAGAAUGCUAUACUGAUGCUGAAUGUCGCGGCGAAUAUAAAUGUUGUCAAGAUGGAUGUGGAACAAGAUGUGUACUUCCUGCUGUACCUGAGGAACCGUAUCAUGAGCCACCUACGCAUCCACCACCAGUGAUCUAUCCGGGAGAUAGGCCAGCUCAUCUCGUACCUAAACCGCAGCAUGAGCUUGACGUUUCUACCCCAGCAGGCGGGGUAGCUAUUUUACGAUGCUUCGCAACUGGAUAUCCAGCUCCAACUAUUACUUGGAAUUUCGGAACAGUUACCAUUAACACAAACCAAGGAAGGUUUAUUCUUACAUCGAAUGGAGAUCUAACAAUAGUCCAGGUGCAUAGAUCAGAUAGUGGAACAUAUGUAUGUAUUGCAGAUAAUGGUUUGGGUGAACCUGUCCAACGUGAGGUUAAUCUUGAAGUUGAAGCACCUGCUUCAGCUGUUAUAAGACGUGAUCCAUCUAAUACAUAUAUUGCUGGGUCAGAAAUAGUAUUAUUGUGUGAUGUAGAUGGCGUACCAACACCAAAUGUAACAUGGUUUAAGAAUGGUAUUCCUAUUGAAGCUCCAUCAAGUAAAUAUGAAAUUACAGAAAUUCCUCAUAGAUUAGUUAUUUUUGAUGUACAAAGAGAUGAUACUGGAAGGUAUGCAUGUGAAGCUAGAAAUUCAUUCAGUUAUAAUAGAAAUGAAGAAACUGUAACUGUAGAAUCAACUAUUUAUGUUCAUCCAGAUUGUGUCGAUAAUCCAUAUUUUGCUAAUUGUGCUCUUAUCGUUAAAGGAAAUUAUUGUUCUAAUCGUUAUUAUAGUAAAUUCUGUUGUAGAUCUUGUACAUUAGCUGGUCAAUUAAAUGGACAUCCGAAUGCGCUUUAAGAAUAAUAAAAAAUUUAUUUUUUUUUUUGUAUAAAAAUAAAAAAAAAAAAUAAAUGAUUACAAAAUUAUAAAAAGCGAUUUAUUUUCGUUUUUUUUUUUUUGUUCUAUUUCUCUAUUUUAAAUUUAGUUCUUUUCGAAAAUAAAAAAAUUAUGACGAUUUUUAUUGUAAAAAUAGAAAUUUCUUUAAAAUUAAGUUAAACGAAUUUGUAAUAAUCAACAAAAACAAAAAAAAAACCCUUAAUUCAAUUAAUUAUUUUAAAAACAAUAUUUAGAGGCGGAACAUUAUAGAGAAAAAAAAUUUUUUAGAAAAAAGAAACUAUUAUACAAUAUAAAAAGUUCUUUAUAAAUAAUUUGUUUUUUAAAAUAAUUUAUUUAAUUUAAAUUUUAAAAAUAUCAAGAAAAUUACAAGAAAUUUAAUAUAAAAUAUAAAUAUAAAUGAUUUAAUAUUUUUAGAAUUUCUAAAAAUUUCAAUUAAAUAAAAAUAAAAUAAUUUUUUUUUUUAUAAUUACUACCUUUUUGCGUUCAUUUCUC